AAAAUAGAAACCCCAAUCACAACGAUAUAUAUUUAUUCAAUAUUUUUAUAUGUUUUUGAAGUACUAAAUAGUGAUCAGCUGUUGCCACUAUGUAAAUGUUGUGUCAACAACACUGCCGAAUGGACACACAUCGCGGCAUCUUCUUGAGAAGUUGAAAACCGGUAUAAAUACGUUGAACUGGUAGCGAAGUUACCGUCAGUAUAUCCCGUCUGUAAGAUUUGGAAAGGAGAUACUCUUCUCUUGAAUAGACUACUUAUUAAAGGCAGCAUAUACACUUUAUUCGAUAUGAAAACUUCGAUUCUGGUAGUCGCCGCUAUCUUGGGCACUACACACGGCUGCACCGACUUCGUAUUGAGAGAUGCUUUGCCGAAAAACUUGGCUAUCUCAGCCAGAAACAUGGACUUUCAUUUGGACAUGAAUACAGAUGUAGUGAAAGUGAACCGGGGUAUCGCUAGACAAUCCUUGCCUAUUUAUGAAUGUCCAGAUUGUACACCAACAUCUUGGGAUGUUAAGUAUGGUUAUGUCUUUUCAGAUCUCAUGAAGCAAGAUGUAGUAUCCGAUGGUUUGAAUGAAGCAGGGUUGUCUGCAGCUAUCUUAGUCCUGAGUCAUUACUCACGCUUUCCUCACUACAAUGUAACUGACUCACGGCCCCUGAUGGGAGGGCAGAGUCUGCCCGAGUAUAUCCUAGGUACGUGUGCGGAUGUCGCGUGCGCGAGAGAAGCAGUAGACAAGUUUCACAUUGUUGCAGCGCAACAUCCAAUGAUGGAUUUGAUGGGUGGCGACAUUCCUUGCCACUUCAGCAUUAUGGACAAAGAGGGCAAUCAUUUGGUCAUCGAACCUGUGUUCAACAAAACGGCCUCGCCAGAUUGUCUAGGGCCGGAUCACGAUGAAUCCAACAGUAAGAUGUGUGUCUACGAUAAUAACGAGUACAAGGUAUUGACCAAUCACCCUCCGCUCGAAGAGCAGAUUGCCAAUAUCAAAGCAAAGGAGGCUGCCGCUGGAGAUGACUGGCAGAACUAUUGGAGCACAAUGCCAGGUUGGUACUUCCAACAACCCCGUUUCGAGCGCGCCGUAUUCUUCAACCGACUUAGUCUGGAGAAAGGUGGUACGUGGAUGCAAAAAGUGCCCCAAAUUGAAAAAUUGUAUCAGACUACGGUUAUGCUUGCACCUCCAGGAGAGUGGACUGAAACAAUGCGAACAGCUCUUACGGCUGGGGCUGAAGCGGGCAGUGACGGAGUGUCAGACUUAGAUGCUUUCUUGAAAUCAUUUGCUUCGCAGGUUGGGGCCUCCGACGAGCAAUUGGCUUACAUUUCGCAAACGUUGAGUGGUUUGAGUACAAGUAUGGGUACAACUGUCGGUGAGUAUCUUCACAUUUUCGCUGAAAUGGAUGAUCAUAUCAUGAGUCAUUUCCUUUCACAAAACCAGACAUUCUCCAAUCCAGAUCCUGCAUUUGACGCGGUGGCUAGAGCUCAGUACAUCAUUCAAGCCAAUACAAUGGUACCCGGAUCUAGUUCUCAGCUAGGGUCCAGUCCGGUUACGUGUUGGACUGUUAUUCGAGAUCACACAAACCUGAGGUACUACGUUCGAACACCCGGUAAUACUGGCUUAAUAUACUACGACAUAUCUAAAAUGGACUUUUCGAAUGGUGCAGGCCGUGUCUCUAACGCUGUAAACUGGGAGUAUGCUUACCCUGAUGUAACGCACCUGCUAGAUGCAAGCGUUGCCCCGUCCACCACUCAGGCAAGCGGAAACUGCGCUUCAGGAGGUUCGUAUGCCACACUAAGCUCGACGUCUGAAUCAGGCAGUUCCGAUUCAAGUGGUGUGCCGGUCUGGUCUCUGAUUCUGACGGGCAUCAUAGGAUUAGCCGUAGGAGGAGCUGGUGCAUUUGUUGUGGUCAAGAAACAAAACAGAGACCGAAGACAGGCAGAAAGCACUACAGAUCUCAGUGAAUAAACACAUGAAAGGGCAUGUACAUGGUUUUAGAAAAGAACUACGGAAACAUGAAAUAAAGCCAAUCGGUUCAUA